AUGAAAACUCUUCUUUCUUCUUCACUUAAAAUUGCGAAAGAAGAAAGAAGAAGACUGAAGAAAAGCCCCCCGAGAAGCAAUGGUGGCUUAGACAUUGACCGUAUGAACAUUCUGCAACAAGACCUCUCAGUGAAUGAUGACUUAUCUGCAACUAGGAGCUUACCGGAGGAAUGUGUUAAUACAUAA